UCGUCCAAUACAACUAUUCUAUUUGACGAUCGAACCAUGACCUCACCGCCGCCCUUAGACGGCGGCCGAGUUCCAUCGCCACCGCCGAUCCACCAGAGCGACGCCGACGAGGAUGACGAGAACGUGAAGCAGCUCCGAGAGUGCUCUUCUCUGUACCUUUCCUUGCAGGAUUGUCUUGUCAACAACAAUAGGAACUGGAAAUCGUGUCAGAAAGAAGUUCAAGCUCUCAAGGCGUGCAAUGAGAAGAGGAGUGGCAGAGGAAGGAAAUGAAGGUUCGACUGAGUUUGGGGGAUAUCCUAAAAUGCUACUGGAUCUCAACUGUGUUUGAAGCUGUUGCAAAUCUAAUACUGUGUUAAGUUCAUGCGUUAGCAUUUGAAUUAUUGGCUGAUGUUGAAGCUUCCGGUGGAAGCAAGCAGGGCUUGGAAACCAGUAUCCCAAAUUUCGGGAAAAUGUCUUCGGCUGGUGGGCAGGUCCUUAUUAAAACUGAGGAACAGAUGGUGUAGAACAUUUUGAUUUAUCCUUCGCACUGGAAGUCCAUGUUUUUUCUUUAUCCCAGGAGAUAAAGGGUCAUUUUUUGUCCCUAUUGAUGUCAUCAACCAUUUUACUGGCCGAUAUCUUUGUGAGAUUAUGCUCAUCAAAAGUAGUCCUGAAAUGAGAUUGCUAUGCAAAUGCACAAUGGUUUUAUUCGGCUUAGGUAGAUUUGUAUGCUCAUUGAUUGCCAUUUUCAGGUGAAAGGAGUUUUAGUAUGCACUGGCCUACUGCAGUAACCGGAAUUCAGUAAAUUUCACAGCAAACCCAAUCCAAUUGCUGGUUAUUCCAAAGAGUGGCCACCGCAUCCGAUACAGCCUUACAUACGCCAGAUUAAUCUCCCAUUUACUCUCUUUGAAGACCAAAGAAAAGAAUUCCCCCUUUGCU